AUGGCUUUCACUACCGCGAAGCUCCAAUCGAAAACGGUUUAUCGCAUAGCCGAAGUGUUGAACGACUUUCCACGCAACUUCCUCGUCAGCAUGGGCAUGGACAAAACGCUGAACUGCUUUCAAACGGAGUGGAAUGAGAUGGCGCACAAAUGUCUGUUUAAUGCGGAGGAUGUGGGGCUGGUUCCAGAUGUGUACACGCAAAAGCAUUUUCUUAGCAGCGAGCUGAAAAACGCGCAGAGGGAGAGGGGAGAAUACAGGCAAACAGCCUCAGCAGCGGGACAGACUCUGGUCAAGCUCCGAAAAGCCAGAGAUUUCCACAAGCGAGUGGGCCAGGAGAAGAAAAGACUGAUAGAAGACAUUAGAAAGCUGAAGACACACGGCGCUUCCUAUGAUCCAGCAUUGAAACAGAUGAACGAGAAAUACCAGGCAGCUCUGAAGCAGAAAAUGCUGGCAAGCCCACAGCCUAGAUGCCACGUUACACAACACCCUUCCUUCUCAACCUCCCCACCCCACCUCUGA